ACAUAACUAAUAAUAAUUAUUAAUAUAUUUGUAAUGGGGAAUGGUACCAUUUAUUUUAUAUUUUAAUAGAUGCUUUAAGCUCCUGUACCAAAAAAUCAAAAUCUUAAUUGCCUCUAAGAGAAUCUAAUCUUACUUUUAGUAGAUAGUUCAAUUAAACUACAUGCUCAAUCUUAUAAGGAGAUAUAUUUGUCAGCGGAUUAAAUAUAGGUAAUACAUUUCUAUAUAGUAGUGAAUUGUUCAUAUGAACCUGCAGAUUCUUUAAUUGUUAAACAGUAUUUUAUUUAAAAUGAUAUCUUAGAGAUCAGAAUAUUAAGAAGAAAUAAAGGGAUGAGAUUAGAGCAAGUAUGCUUUUUAUCAAAACUAGUGCAUAUAGGAGAUGUUAUUUUAACAGAAAGAUAAAAUUUAUUCCUACUUCAUGCUAAAUUACCGAUGUAUUCCGAAAUUAAAGAUUUAUAAAAAGUGUAUUCAACUUAUGAAAAAUGGUAUCUAUGACAUUUAUUUAAAGUUUGUAAAUCGCAGAAGAAAACAUUUUGUCUGAAAUCACUUUUACUGAAUAAAAUGCCUUAAAUUUCACUAUUCCAAAAUAGUACAAUGCGGAAUGUUUAAUUAGAUGUAUCAUAAAUUAUAUAAGUUAAAAUCCAUAAACGAACCUUAAAUAAAUUAAUUUUUUAAGUAAUGAUUAUACAACAGUAAAAAUUCAAUCAAAUAUUAUCUUAGAUUAAUAUAUUUAAAUUAGAAUUAGAUAAUAUUUUAGAGGAAAUGAAAGUGCCUAACUUGGCAGAGAAAAACAGAAAAACAUUUUUUGAAUUUUUAAAUUCAGCUAAUUGUGAAGAAGCUCCAUAUUUUCUUAGUACUGGCCUAACAACAAGUUAUGCUCAUUUAACUGAGAAAAGUACAGAGUGAU